GAUAUUCAGUCUAAUUGCCGAAUUGGAGCCAUGUCCAGAAAGAGAACAAGAAGCCGUUCUGAAGAAAUUAUUUCUACAAACUCUCCUAUUCAACCUUUGCAGAUGACUUCCAAGUGCAGGGAGGCCCCCUUCUGCGACGACCCGCAAGCCAUCCGCAACCGAGAUCUGUGCAACUACUCGCAGAGAAUCACCUACGAAAUGGCGUGCAGCGGCAGGGCUGCACGCCCCAUCAGAGUGUACGCCGACGGCAUUUACGACCUCUUCCAUCAGGGCCAUGCCAGGCAGCUGAUGCAAGCGAAAAAUGUGUUCCCGAACGUCUAUCUGAUAGUAGGAGUGUGCAGCGACGACCUAACGCACAGCAAAAAGGGCCGCACGGUGAUGAACGAGUUCGAACGGUACGAGGCCCUCAGGCACUGCCGCUACGUCGACGAAAUCGUUCGCGACGCCCCCUGGGAGCUGGACGACGAAUACGUGGCCAAACACAAAAUCGACUUCAUAGCGCACGACGACAUCCCCUACGGCUCUGACAGCAGCAACGACGUGUACGCGCCCUGGAAGGCGAAAGGCAUGUUCGUGGCCACGGAGCGCACUGAGGGCGUGUCCACCUCGGACAUCGUCUCGCGCAUCGUGCGCGACUACGACAUCUACGUGCGCAGGAACCUGGCGCGCGGGUACUCCGCCAAAGACCUCAACAUCAGCUAUCUCAGCGAGAAGAAGAUCCGGCUGCAGAACAAGAUGCACGAGCUGAAGGACAAGAGCAAACGCGUGAUGGGGUCCAUUGGGGAGAAAAAGGACGACAUGAUUGCGAAGUGGGAGGAGAAGUCGCGGGAGUUUAUCGAGAACUUUUUGCUGUUGUUCGGGCGAGAGAGGCUGUCAAAUAUAUGGAACGAGAGUAAAGGUAAGAUUCUGAAUGCUCUGAGUCCACCAUCGUCUCCUUACCCGCCUGGCAGCCCCACGUCUAGCAAUGGAGACUUCGAUUUCUCCGAGGACGGGGAACCGCCCGUCAAAUCGCAAAGGUGCGACUCUCCCACCCCUCCGUCUUCUUCGUCCAAGAAUUAUUACAGUAUUGACGAUUACAGCGACGAAGAAGAGGAACUAUCGGAAAUGACGAACGGCGAGCACUGA